GCAUGUCGUGGGCAAAGAUGGCGACGACCGUGCGGUUGUACGGCAGAGGGUUACCGAGCUGGGUUCGACCUAUUAGACGGUUUUCUGCGGCUGCAUCUAGGGCUGCUACUGUUGGUUUUCUAAAACAUCUUCCCGAGACCAUCAAGAUUGUGGAAGUUGGGCCUAGAGAUGGCCUGCAGAAUGAAAAGACUGUUGUGCCAACAGAUGUGAAAAUUCGUCUGAUAAACAUGUUGUCAGAAGCAGGUCUUCCUGUCAUUGAAACAACAAGCUUUGUAUCUCCCAAAUGGGUUCCUCAGAUGGCAGACCAGGACGAAGUGAUGCGUGGCAUUGAAAAAUACCCCAAUAUUAAAUAUCCGGUCCUUACACCCAAUCUUAAAGGAUUUCAGGCUGCGGUGAAUGCAGGUGCAAAGGAGGUGGCAAUUUUUGGAGCAGCCUCUGAGCUUUUUAGCAAGAAAAACAUUAAUUGCUCUGUGGAGGAGAGUUUGCAGCGUUUUGAGGAGGUGACCCAAGCUGCACAGGAGUCUGGGAUUCCUGUCAGAGGCUAUGUUUCAUGUGUGCUGGGCUGUCCUUAUGAAGGAAAUGUGCGUCCGGAGAAAGUGGCUCAGGUGGCUAAGAAGCUAUACUCCAUGGGUUGCUAUGAAAUUUCUCUAGGAGACACGAUUGGUGUGGGUACACCAGGAAGCAUGCAGGAGAUGCUGAGAGUUGUGUCUAUGGAUGUUCCAGUUAAAGCCCUUGCUGUGCAUUGCCAUGACACUUAUGGACAAGCUCUUGCUAACAUUCUUACAGCAAUACAGAUGGGGAUCAGUGUAGUGGACUCUUCAGUUGCUGGACUGGGUGGUUGCCCCUAUGCGCAAGGUGCUUCUGGGAAUGUAGCUACUGAAGAUGUCAUCUAUAUGCUUCAUGGCCUAGGCAUUCAUACUGGUGUGGAUCUCCCUAAAUUGAUGGAUGCAGGAGCAUUUAUCUGUCGUGCCCUAAAUCGAAAAACUAAUUCCAAAGUGUCCCAAGCCUUUUGUAGGUUGUGACAAGAUGUGACACAUUUUGAUUCUUCAAGUUUGUUUUUAAAGAAAGGCAUAACAUUAACUCUGUUCUCGUAGAAGAUCUAGCAGAGAAAGGUGAUUUUUGUAAGUGCCUAACAAGUUCUUCAGUUGUGUAACACCCUGGUGAUUGAAAACUGUAAUAUUAAUGCAUUCUGUACACUUCGAGUCAUAUGUGGGACUGAUAACAUCUUUCAAACAUGGUUUUCCUAUAAACACUCUACUAUAGAAUUCUUUGCAGGUAACUAAUAAUUGAGCCAAAGCUAGUCCAGUUAUUUUGCUUUUGCUUGUAAUACCUGAGUAGAUUACCUUUUGGUUAUUCAUUGCCAGAUUUUAAGAAAAUAUGACAACAGUAUAUUAUGACCUAAGCCUUGAAUGAUUAUGAUUGACACUUUGCUAAGGCAGGGAUGAAUUACUGAAUUUCUAUUCCAUAGUCAGUAAUUGAUUAUAGUAUUGCAUUGUUGUUUGUUUAAAUUAAAUCAAAUGUGAAAAAGAAAUAAGAAGAAAUUAACAGUUGAUUGAACUAAUUCAAGACAUCAUAAAUCGACUUAGUAUGUUUUUAAAUCACCAUGUAUGCAAAGCUUUCAAAUUCACCUUAAUUUACUCAGUUAUCAUUACAGUAAGAGCAAUAAGUGUUUCAUGCAGAGGAGCAACUAGAACACCUCUACCCUCGAUUGCACAAAUCUGAAACUGAAAAAAAAUGAACAUACUCACUAAAUAAUAUUAUGAAAACAAUCUUUCAAAUAACAUUGUUGUACUGUCAUGUGUUUAUUUGUUUCAUGAUCUACAGAAUUUAAAUACUGUACUCAGAUCAAAAUAUAUGCUAACUAAAUUGUUGAUAAGCAUAUAGUUACAGUGGCUGUAUGUAGUUACAGUCUAUAUUCAUUCAUAACUUAAGUAUCUAUAAAAAUUAAACCUUGCUGUGAAUUUGUAAUUCAAAAAUUUGUUUCAGUAAUUCAAUUCAAAAAGUGAAACUCAUAUUAUAUAGAUUCAUUAUGCAUAGUGAUAUAUUUCAAGCAAUUAUUUCUUUUCAUUUUGCUGAUUAUGGCCUACAGGUAAUGAAAACCCAAAAUUCAGUAUCUCAGAAAAUUAGAAUAUUGUGAAAAAGUUCACUAUUGUAGACUCAAGGUGUUACACUCCACUCAGCUAAUUAACCCAAAACACCUGCAAAGGUGUCCUGAGCCUUUAAAUGGUCUCUCAGUCUGGUUCAGUAGGCCACACAAUCAUGGGGAAGACUACUGACUUGACAGUUGUCCAGAAGACAGUCAUUGACACCCUCCACAAGGAUGGUAAGUCACAAAACGUCAUUGCUAAAGAAGCUGGCUGUUCACAGAGUGCUGUAUCCAAGCAUAUUAAUGGAAGGAAAAAAUGUGGCAGAAAAAGGUGCACAAGCUACAGGAAUAACCGCAGCUUUGAGAAGAUUGUGAAGCACAGCCCACUGAAGAAUUUGGGGGAGAUUCACAAGGAGUGGGCUGUGGGUACAACUGUUGCAUUCCUUGUGUCAAGCCGCUCCUGAACCAGAGGCAACGUCAGGAGCAUCUUACCUGGGCUAAGGAGAACACAGACUGUUGCGCAGUGGUUCAAAGUCCUCUUUGCAAAUGAAAGUAAAUUUUGCAUUUCAUUUGGAAAUCAAGGUCCCAGAGUCUGGAGGAAGAGUGGAGAGACACAGAAUCCAAGUUGCUUGAGGUCCAGCGUGAAGUUUCCACAGUCAGUGAUGAUUUGGGGAGCCAUGUGAUCCACUGGUGUUGGUCCACUGUGUUUUAUCAAGUCCAAAGUCAGCCCAGCCGUUUGCCAGGAAAUUUUUGAGCACUUCAUGCAUCCCUCUGCUGACAAGCCUUAUGGAGGUGCUGAUUUCAUUUUCCAGCAGGACUUUGCACCUGCCUACACUGCCAAAAGUACCAAUACUUGGUUUAGUGAGCAUGGUAUCACUGUGCUUGAUUGGCCAGCAACCUCGCCUGACCUAAACCCCAUAGAGAAUCAAAUCAUCCUGGGCUUCCGUAACACCUCAGCAGUGCCACAGGCUGAUUGCCUCCGUGCCACGCCGCAUUGAUGUAGUAAUUCAUGCAAAAGGAGCCCCGAUCAAGUAUUGAGUAUGUACAUACUUUCCAGUAGGCCAAUGUUUCUGUAUUAAAAAUCAUUUAUUGGUCUUGUGUAAUAUUCUAAUUUUCUGAGGUACUGAAUUUUGAGUUUUCAUUAUCUGUAGGCCAUAAUCAGCAAAAUGAAAAGAAAUAAACGCUUGAAAUAUAUCACUCCAUGUGUAAUGAAUCUAUAUAAUAUGAGUUUCACUUUUUGAAUUGAAUUGCUGAAAUAAAUUAACUUUUUGAUGAUAUUCUAAUUUAUUGAGAUGCACCUGUAAUCUACUGUACAUACAGAUUAUCAGAUCUGCUGCUUACUUAUAAAGCAAAAAUGUAUUUAAAUGUAUAGGCACAAAAUAUAUAUCUGUUGUGCAGAUUUUUUCAUGUUAUGUAAUUUUAUGCUAAAGAACAAUACUGAAAUACAUUCAUCAUUUUAGGAAAACUUUUCUACUUAUUGUAUUGCUGUGAUAUUAAUGUCUUUUUAAUAAAAUGUUCAAUACUU